AUGGCGUCAUCCACCUUCCAAAACUUUGCCUGUUGUAGCCCUUCCACAUCAAUGUUGGCUCGGGCUUGCCUUCAACGGGCCAUAACGUGCCGAUGUCAACGUCCACAACCUAAUUUUGGGUUAUCAAGAAGUACGUCACCCUUUCGUUCUAAGAAUAAUCGAUAUGAAGAAGUGCUUUAUCAGAAACCUCAUAUACGCGACAGCGCGACCCGCGGUGACGUCGUUUGUGAAAAGCUUGGGAUUGGCGCGGCAGCGAAGGAACAGCUUGUAAUGCUGAAUGGAGCAAUCAACUCAGUAAUUGGACGCGGUUCCAGGAACCUGCGUCGGAUUAUCGUCGGCAAUAGAGAUGUAGAUUGCGGACCCCACGCGACGAUCAACGUUCACGAGACAUUUCCCGUUUAG